AUGACUUCAGUGACUAGAUCAGAGGUCACAGAAGAAGAACCAGUGACGUCUAAGACUCAUGAUCAUCAAGUAGAAUCAAGUCUCAGCCCUGCGAAAGUGUUUACUAAAACAUCUGCCUCCCUGGAGAUGAUUCAAGGUGUUUCAAAGGAAAGAAUUUACUUUGACUUGAGCCCAAAAAAAGGGGGAAGUUGUGAUCUCAGCCAGCAGGAAGGACUUCAGUUGAAGUCCCCUCGAGAACAACCCAUUUGUCACCAAGAUAGGAGACAAUCCUGGCGAAGAGCAAGCAUGAAAGAAACGAAGCGGCGGAAGUCAUUGCCUCCUGUUCACCAGGGCAUCACAGAGCUCAGCAAGUCCAUCAGUGUCAAUUUAACAGAAAGCAAGCGGCUCGUCUCCCUCCUCCUUUCCAGCUUUCAGUUCUCUAUUCAGAAACUGGAACCUUUCCUAAGGGACACUAAGGGCUUCAGUCUUGAGAGUUUUAGAGCUAGAGCAUCUUCUCUUUCUGAAGAAUUGAAACAUUUUGCAGACACUCUGGAAAAUGAUGGAGCGCUACAAAAAUGUUUUGAAGAUUCAAGUGGAAAAGCAGCAGAUUUGUCUCUGGAAACAUCUGUGGCUGAGAUGAAGGAAUACAUUAAAAAGUUUUCUUUAGAACGACAGACUUGGGAUCAGCUCCUGCUGCACUACCAGAAGGAGGCUGAAGAGAUAUUAUGCAGAGGAUCAACUGAAACCAAAAUUACUGAAGUCAAAGUGGAACCUGUGACUUAUCUUGGGUCCUCCCAGAGUGAAGUUCUUAAUACAAAGCCUGACUACCAGAAAAUAUUACAGAAUCAGGACAAAGUCUUUGGCUGUAUGGAGUUGGUGAUGGAUGAGCUGCAAGGCUCUGUGAAGCAGCUGCAGGCCUUUAUGGAUGAAAGUACCCAGUGUUUCCAGAAGGUGUCAGUACAGCUCGGAAAGAGAAGUAUGCAACAAUUAGACCCCUCACCAGCUCGAAAACUGCUUAAGCUUCAGCUCCAGAAGCCACCUGCCACACAGGGGUCUGGACCUCAUCAAUGACAGUAUGCAGAUUUUUGGCACAAGAUACUUGAAAGGAGAGG